UCACAUCCUUUUCCGAGGCGUACAUGAAGGUACCGCUGUGUUGUCGUAUUUGGUAGAGAAUUGUGUAAAGCACGCUGAAUCGUGGUCGAUACUCGUCUACAGCCCAUCUGAGAGUCGAUGAGCACUGUUAGAAGGAGUUUCAAUCGUGAGCUGGUUUCAUGCCAAAAUUUUGUGGCCGUUUUCUUCGCUAACAAUUGGUUUCAAGAGGGUGACCUGGAAUAUUUUGGUAAAUGAACAGAAUGAUGAAAUACAUCCUGGUAACUGGUGGAGUCAUCUCUGGUAUUGGCAAAGGUAUCAUCGCCAGCAGUGUGGGCACAAUCCUCAAGUCGUGUGGUUUGCAUGUAACGGCCAUCAAGAUUGAUCCUUACAUCAACAUAGAUGCGGGCACUUUUUCACCUUAUGAACAUGGUGAAGUGUUCGUCCUAGAUGACGGUGGCGAGGUGGACUUGGAUCUUGGGAAUUAUGAACGUUUCCUGGACAUCCGACUGACUAAAGAUAACAACUUGACCACAGGGAAAAUAUAUCAGUCAGUCAUCAAUAAAGAGAGGAGAGGAGACUAUCUGGGCAAGACAGUGCAGGUGGUGCCACACAUUACGGAUGCAAUCCAAGAAUGGGUUGUGAAGCAGGCCAAAGUGCCAGUCGAUGAUCAAGUGGAACCUCAAGUGUGUGUGAUAGAGCUUGGAGGCACUGUUGGAGACAUUGAGAGCAUGCCUUUUAUAGAAGCUUUCCGGCAGUUUCAGUUUAAAGUGAAGAGAGAGAACUUCUGUAAUAUUCAUGUCAGUCUAAUACCACAGCCCAGCGCAACUGGAGAGCAGAAGACCAAGCCCACCCAAAACAGUGUCAGAGAGCUGAGAGGCCUCGGCCUUUCUCCUGACCUGAUCAUGUGCCGCUGUUCCACUGCUUUGGAGAAUUCUGUCAAAGAGAAAAUCUCAAUGUUCUGCCAUGUGGAACCGAAACAGGUCAUUUGUGUGCACGACGUGUCGUCCAUUUACCGAGUACCCUUACUGCUGGAGGACCAGGGGGUGGUGAGCUACCUGAGCAAGAGACUGAAUAUGCCCAUUGAGACUAAACCCAGGAAAAUGCUGACAAAGUGGAAGGAGAUGUCGGACAGGUCAGACAGACUGCUGGAACACUGCUCUAUAGCUCUGGUGGGAAAGUACACAAAGUUCUCAGACUCGUAUGCUUCUGUUAUAAAGGCUCUGGAGCACUCUGCACUGGCCAUUAGCCAUAAAUUGGAGGUUAAGUAUAUAGAUUCUGCUUAUUUGGAGCCAAACACCCUGCAGGAGGACCCUGUUAAGUACCAUGAAGCUUGGCAAAAGCUCUGCAGCGCACAUGGCAUCCUGGUUCCGGGAGGCUUUGGUGUCAGAGGAACCGAGGGGAAGAUUCAUGCCAUCAACUGGGCCAGAAAACAGAAAAAACCCUUCUUAGGUGUGUGUCUUGGAAUGCAGCUGGCUGUGUGCGAGUUUGCCAGGAACGUGCUUGACUGGAAAGAUGCCAACUCAACUGAAUUUGAUCCAGAAUCAAAGCAUCCCGUCGUGAUUGACAUGCCAGAGCACAACCCUGGGCAGAUGGGUGGCACCAUGAGACUGGGAAAGAGACGGACCAUUUUCAAAAGCAGCAACAGUGUCCUACGUAAACUAUAUGGAGAUGCAGAAUAUGUGGAAGAGAGGCACAGGCAUCGCUUUGAGGUAAAUCCUGAGCUGAAGGGUCACUUUGAAGACAAAGGCUUCUGCUUUGUAGGUCAGGAUGAGGAAGGUGAAAGAAUGGAGGUUAUAGAGCUUGAUGAUCACCCGUAUUUUGUUGGUGUACAGUACCACCCAGAGUUCACCUCUCGUCCCAUCAAGCCAUCGCCUCCAUAUCUCGGAUUGCUUCUGGCCGCUGCAGGGAAACUGCAGAGCUACCUACAGAAGGGAUGCCGUCUAUCCCCACGAGACAUGUACAGUGAUCAAAGUGGCAGCAGCACCCCUGACUCAGAGAUAGCGGAACUGAAAUUGCCUGGCAUUGACUCAGCAUGAUGGAGUAAAGGGUAUUAAUGGAAUUUGUUGCAUACCUGUUCAAACUAAUCCCUGCAUAUUUUUCAAUGCACAAAAUGGGCAGCCUAUGGCCACAUAGUAUAAACACCAGGAAAAUUGUAUUGUGGCCUUAAGCUUAACAUGUAUGGAUAAUGUCCGUUAAUAAAUAACUCCCAAAUAAAAAAAAAA